UUUGCAUUGUUUCUUUCGACUUAAUACUUGUCUUAAAUCCCUUAAAUUUUUGCAGCCUGCCUUUCGUCUACAACGUGAACAACACAGCCAUCAAGAGGUUAAACAACAAGGGCCCGUACAAUGGAACUGACGAUUCGUGCUAUAAUAAACCGUCUUGUGAGGGUUCAAGUGGUACAUGCAUGCUGUGGACAUUUCUUGAAGUCUCGUGGAGCUUGUCUAGGGGGCAAGUGUAUGCUUAUACACAUCUAGUUGGGGAAAAGGUGUCUCAAAGCGUCCAACAGGAGCAGCAGUUGGCCGGUGAGAUGACCUUCGAUCUGACAAUAAGUUCUGCGAGCGCGUUCACGAUGAACUUCUCGAAAGAAAAGUCGUUCAACGCUACGGAGGAUGCUGCUUGCGUUCCAGCAAAAGAUCCAAUCGUAAAACCCGUAACAUGGAAGAUCACGGAUGGAGAUCACAUUGGCAAACAACUGCUUGUCUUCAGCCUGCUUCGACAAAACGCAACUUUUGUGUACCCUGGUGGCCAGCGUUCUGGAUCUCCGAACGGACCGUAUUGUGAACUCUUCGUUCAAUUUGUGAGUUUUCGAUUUUUACCUUCUUGUAGCUCUGUAUAA